AUGUGGCAGUUCCGAAAUUGUCUACGGCGUGUUGUGGUUUCCUGUAGCUGUGCCACAACUGUUGGUAGUGAUAGUGUAGUCGUUUCCCUUCGAUGGCAGUCGCAGAGUUCACGCGGUCAACCUGGUCUCCAUUGGCAGGAAGGUGUAGUAGAUCCACGAUACUCUUCAGAAGGAAAUAUGCGGAAGUUUAACCCAGAUACGGUGGCACAUUACGUUAAGGCAACUAUUCAAAAUGAUAGACGAGAGAUGGGACUUGGUGAGAUUUAUGAUUGGCAUGAAUUUGCAAAGGAUGCGGUGUAUAUUCCAACACGAUCUGGUCCAUUAUGGGUUGGAAGUGAUGAUCCACGAUGUGCAAAGUUUAUGAGACGAAAAGAAAAAAUGAAAAAGACACCUCAACAGAAAGCACGACCCAAACCAGGACCAGAUGCGGCUAAAGAAUUAGAAGAUCAUCCAUUACGUGAAUACUUUACAACACCAUCAAAUUUACGAGAUCCAUUAAGUACAGCUAAUAAUUUACAUCGUGCAGGACUUAUUCGUGAAUAUGAUAUUAAACAUACAGCUGCAAAGAUUUCAUACCUACCACGUCCACCGAUUGUUUCUAUUAUGGGACAUGUUGAUCAUGGUAAAACCACUCUCUUGGAUUGUCUACGAAAAACAAAUGUUGCCUCUCAGGAAGCUGGUGGUAUCACUCAAAAUGUUGGUGCCUUUCAAGUUAAAACUCCUGAUGGAAGUUUAAUAACAUUUAUUGAUACACCAGGUCAUGCCGCCUUUACAGCAAUGCGAGAAGUUGGAGUGGCGGCGAAUGAUCUUAUCGUUCUUGUUGUAUCAGCAGUGGAUGGUGUACAACCACAAACAAAAGAAGUGAUUGAACUCGCUCGAAAUGCUGGUAUUCCACUCGUUGUAGCUUGUACAAAAAUUGAUCGUCAACCAAGAGUAGAACCUAUUAAAGAACAAUUACGUAAUUGUAAUGUGGAGUUAGAAGAAGAUGGAGGUGAUACCCAAUUUGUUAAAGUAUGUGCAAGAGAUGGAACAGGUAUUCCUGAAAUCCUUGAAGCUAUUGCCUUACAAGCAGAAUUAUGUGAAAUUAGUACCCCAGAACCCUCACGAUGUGAAGUGGUUGCCAUUGAAGCCCGUGGUGGUGCAAGUGCUACGAAUGAAGUUACUGGUAUUGUUCGCUGUGGUAAACUCCGACCUGGACAGGUGUUAGUCUCUGGAAUGACGUACGCUAUUGUGAGAAAAGUCUUUGAUGAGACUGGUAAGAUGUUACAAGAGGCUGGUCCAUCCACUCCGGUGGUUUUACAUGGAUUUCGUGUUCAUCCUAAACCAGGUGCUAUUCUUAUGCAAGUAAGUAGUGAAUCACAUGCACAGAAAUUUUAUUUUUUUAUGAAAGAUGUUUAUAAAACGGAAGGACGUCGUGAAGAUUACUUACAAUUAUUAAAUCAAGAACAACAAGGAAUGAUUUAUGCUCGUAAACCAGAUAAUAAUUUGGUUCGUACGUAUAGCACAAAAGCUUUUGUACUUUCAUGUAAGGCGGCAACUUUUGGUAUGUUACAAGCUCUUAUGAAGAUGUUAUAUGAAUUACCAAGAUUAGAAGGCAUUUCAACAGAAAUUAAAGUUACAGAAGUAGGAGGUUUAAAAGAUUAUGAUAUUGCACUUAUAGGAAGUUCUGGACAACCAGGAUGUAUUUUAUUAUACGGUGAAAGUAAAGAUACAAAUACCCUGGAUGUACCAAAUCAUGUGAAGGUCAUUCGUUUUAACGUUUUAUACCAUGGAAUUGAAGAGUUUAAAGAAACUUUAGUGGAGGCAUUACCCAAAAUAACGAAAACACGAAUAACAGCAGAAGCAGAAUGUCUACAAGUAUUUCGUGCAUCUCAAGCUGGAAAAAAUGGAAAUGCUGCUGGGAUGCGUGUAACGAAAGGUACUAUUAUAGGAUCACAUCUUACAUUCCGCGUUAUACGUAAAUCUACACGAAGUAAAAGUUCAUUAUUGGGAAAUACGAAUAACAGCAGUGGUAGUGGUAAUAGUAAUAGUAGUACUCACAAGAAUGAAAAUAAUAAUAAUAAUAAUAAUAAUAAUAAUAAUAAUAAUAAUAAUAAUAAUAAUAAGAAUAAUAAUAAUAAUAAGAAUAUCAAAGGAGAUCCAGAUGAGGAUGAAUUUGAUGUUGUAUAUGAAGGUCAAAUUAAGGAGUUGCGUCGAUUUAAAGAAAUUGUACCAACGAUUGAGAUGGGAUUGGAGUGUGGUGUUAUUCUUCAUGAUGAAUUUCAAUUCCGUACAGGAGAUAUUCUUCAACAGUAUGAAACUUAUGAAGAACCUCGUGAUGUAAGUGAAGAGUAUGAGAAGGCUGAACGUCGGGAGAAGAUUAUGCGAGAUACCGCUGCAGCGCAGGCUCAAAUGGAGGAAGAGAAUAAUAAUAAAGCGGAGGUUGUGGAUAGUCAAGUUUGA